AGAUCAUAACAAAAACUCUAAAGGGGCCUGCCCUGUAUAUCAAAACAAAGUACAGCCUCUCAAGCUUUACAGGUUCAUGACACAAGAAACAAAUAUGGUGGGAACGGGAAGGGAGCAAUCGCAGUCGCAAUGGAUGCUGGAUUUGAUGAAUGGGAAGGUCAGUAUAAACAGAGAGAAGGAGGCCGAGGAAUGGAGACAACGUUGCAUUUACAAAGUCCCAGGCUUCCUGAAAGAGCUCCACAAGGAAGCAUUCAUUCCCAGGGUUGUAUCAUUUGGCCCCUUCCACCAUGGCUCGCCGCACCUCCAACCCAUGGAGCAACACAAGCGUCGUGCUCUCCUCCAUUUCCUUGACCGCUCGGAGCACCCUCUCCAAGUCUACCUUGAUGCGCUCCAAGCCAAGGAGCAGGCGAUCCGGGGCUGCUGGGAGUGGCCGGAUGACCUCGUCCCUCUCGAGAGCAAGGAUUUCCUUAACAUGAUGCUGCUCGACGGUUGUUUCCUGCUCGAACUCCACCGUGUCAGCCAAACAGAUGGAGAGACAGGCUAUGCAGAUGAGGAUCCGGUGUUCGGCUCAAAAUCGGCAUUAUUCUUUGCACACCACAACAAUUACCAUGACCUUCUGAUGCUGGAGAAUCAGAUCCCUUCGAUGGUCUUGAACACUCUAUUGGACCCACUUGGAGCAGGGAUCUGCACCCGGAUGAAUGAGCUGAUUCUUGAGUUAUUAGGGGAGGAGAUCGAGAAGGAAGUUUUUGGGGGAAAGAUGGGGUUGCAUCCGCUACAAAUUUACAUGAUGAACAGUCUGUGUGGCGAUGUGCCUGAGCUCGAAGAGUUAAGCGACCCGGAGUCAUAUUUCCAGAAGUUGCCUUCCGCCACGGAGUUGCAUGAAGCUGGGGUGAGGUUCAAAUCUAGUAGCAAGAGUGGGCUCAUGAACAUCACCUUCAACCACGGAGUGCUACGGCUACCAUGGAUACCCAUUCACGGAUCUACGGAAGCCUUUCUUCUAAAUAUGAUGGCAUUUGAGCAGUUGCACGUCAGAAAUUUGAAUUGGGUUAGCUCAUAUGUAAGCUUGUUGGAUGAUCUGAUAGAUACUGCUAAUGACGUUGAACUGUUAGUUUCUUCAGGCGUCAUAGACAAUGCAAUGGGAAGUAAGGAGGAUGUGGCCGAUAUAUUCAACAGGAUAGCCCAUGGGAUGGUCUUUUCUGAGAAUCCCCACUUGAUGGGGGUGCGGAACAGGCUCAUCCACCAUUGCAAGGUGCCCAGUAACAGGUGGAGGGCCUACUUCGUCCACACCUAUCUUAGUGACCCAUGGACGCUUAUAUCGCUGCUGGCAGCAGCACUCCUACUGCUGCUAACGAUACUUCAGACUCUAUAUACAGUGCUCAGCUAUUACUACUAAUUCAACCCAUGAAGACAACCUCUUGUUGCACCCAUUGCAUGAAAAUGUAUUUUGAUCCCAUCAAUUCAUUGUUAUAUUUACCGAAUUGCAAUUUUAUUUUUUUGAAUGCUAGAGAAUUUCUUUUGCAUAAGCCCUUUGUGAUGUAAAAACUCCAUCUCCAUUUGUUCAACUUCGAUGAAAAUAAGAU